AUGAGAGAGAAAGAUAGGUCAUAUUUUCUUUUUCGUCUUCCUACCCCACGAUCAUUUUCAACCCAUAUUUCGACAGAAAGCACAACGGUCCCACCUGACCCAGACAUUCGUCGACCAAGCCCAGCAGCUGACGGGACCCAGCAGCAGCAGUCGUUCAAACAGUCCUCUUCAGGGCUAACUUCCGAAAGUCAUUCGAUCACCACUCUUCGAGGCUCCACUCACUUCACUCUUCGCUACUGCCUUCCCUCUGUGACGCCAGCUCACUCCUGCAGCACUCCUGCAGCUUCCAGCUCUCCUGUAGCUUCCAGCUCUUUCCUGCAGCUUCCAGCUCUCUCCUGCAGCAUCCAGCACUCCUGCACCUUCCAGAACUCCUGCAGCUUCCAGCUCACUCCUGCAGCCUUCAGCUCACUCCUGCAGCUUCCAGCACUCCUACCGCUUCCAGAUCACUCCUGCAGUUUACAGCUCACCCCUGCGGCGCUCUACCGACGUCCCGCUACCUAUUCCAGCACCCGCUGA